UACUAAUGUACAUGUGUGGCCAUCCAGCUAUUGCACAGUAAUCUACGAAUGCUUCUGUUUGGUGUAACACGCGGUGACUGAAGUGAAUGCUGUCUGGUGCCCCUGUACCUCAUCCAUUGCGCAGUCACUCUCUGAGGAGCAGAAUGGUUUUAAAACAAGAGAGACAGAAACAGAGAGAAUUCUUUCAAAAGAAGAAGAUGAAAUCCAAAUUGAAGCUUUUGGAGUCAUCGUAUCCAACUCAAGCAUCACUAAGCUUAGAUGUUCUUAACCUACACAUUAUAAAUCAAAUAUCGAAAAAGAAAGAAAGAAGCAAACACCUUGAUAUGGGUGAAAGAAAUGAAACCUUUUCAAAUCUGAGAAAGAAUGUACAGCUGCCAAUGUCUCCUAUCAAUAUCCCUUCCAAAUUAUGUCUGGAUGAUCCUGAAGCCAUAUCAUUACAGGCUGAAGCAUUCGAGUGCAGGACAGAUCAGAAUUUACAGAGCAUUACCAAACAGGAACUAAUAUUUGAAGAAAAGUUUGAUAUGACAACUGAAGCUAAAAGAAGAGAUGCUAUUCAAAGUGAAUCCAAUGUGAAGCAAAUUAGACAAGAACUGAAACAAAGAUUUCAACAUUGUCUGCAUGAUAAAUGUACAAGUGGUAACAAUGGGAUUAUAUUAUCAGCUGAAAAAUUGCCAGUGCAGUGCAGUGCAUCACAUUUAACUACACUUAGUAUGUUUGAAAUGCAAGAAAAUUUGUCUCUAAGUGUUCGCAAACUAAAUCCUAGUGGGAAACAGGACGUAUCUGUUCAGUGCAAUUUUGAACAGGAACAGAAGUUUAUAGGAUGCGUUGGUAACACCGAAGCAGUAAAUUUACCAAACAAUACUGCAUUUGUAGAGGCCACUAGAGGGCAGAACUAGUAUAUAUUAACUAGUAUAUUUUAAAGUCAAAAGAAAUAAUUUUUUUUAUUGAAUUUCUUAGUGGUGUAGUGAAGAAUGGUUAAUAAUUACAUUGCUACCUUUAUGCAUUUGCAGUUAUUUAAGCUACAGUUAUCCUUGUAUAAAUACACAUACAUUUGAAGAAUUACACUUUUUUUUUCUCAUAAUAUAGUGAUGUGUAUCUCAUUUACCCUCCAGGAAAUAUUGUGAUUAUUACAUUGUUACUUUGCCCAGGCCAGAAUAUGGUAAAUUGUAAUAAUUAUUGUUUCUGUGUUUGUUACCAAUAUUCCACCUUUUCCUUUUUUACUAUAUGAAAUAUUUGACUGACAGGUUAUAAACCAUUGAACUCAGAAUCUAGGUGUUUAUAUUUGGUUGUUAGAUUUACUUUUAGGUAUACAAUGUAUUUUACAAUAUUUUAAAUGGCAGCAAAAAAUAUUAUCAGCAUUAAACCAAGAGAAAAUUAUUUAAAUGGCGUGAAUUGUUUCUUAACAAGAACAUGGGGCACACCCAGAAAUAUUAAUUGGGGGCACAAGUGAUGUGUGCUAUGCAAUGUAUCACG